GUGUCGGCGCCGAGUCCGUCCGCUUACCUUGGUCCUGGUUGAAGCCUGCAAAGAGGAGGCCGUUGCCGUACCGGUUUCCGGGCCAGAUGUUCAUUUUGACGCGUGAAAUUGUGGGUUAUCGCUCGAUUCCAGAGAAAAUCCACCUCGACAAGCGCUGAAAAACAACAUCCGCCAUCAUUUCUGCCGAGCCGACUUUUUGCAUCACCAGAAGUAUCUGUCUCGUAUCUCAAAGGAUGUUUAAAAAAUAAGAAAAUUAGCGAAUAUUUAUUUUAAAUAGACGGUUUUAAAAUGCAAAAAAUAAAUUACUUAAAAUAAUCAUUUAUACUUGUGACAAUAAGGAAAUAUUUAAGACGACAAAUGCGCUUCGGCUGACUCUGCAUGAGCCGGCCCUGCGAGAUUUACAGUUUUACCGAUUUAAUUUGCAGGUGUUUGAGCGGCCAGCUGCGGUGCUGCUUGUGCGUGCGUGCAAGAUAUCUCAAUUUUUCAGCCCGGUGGCGUUUCCGGUGGCAACGUGGUUGCGUAGUUGAUCUAAAAGCGCGUUGCACAUAAUUCUCAACUUCAUACCUCUCGUAAAAGUUAAAGCCAGGUAAAGAUGAACACUGCACUCUGCUUGAGAACGCUUCUAGCUCCUAGGAAAACUGGCCUCAGCGGCCUCGAAGUCCUCAAACGAAGACUAGCGAGUGCCUCGUACCAGCACAUCCUGGUGGAGAAGAGGGGAGCCCAGCAGAAUGUGGCGCUGGUCACGCUGAACCGGCCCAAGGCCCUCAACGCCCUUUGCAGUCCCCUCAUGAAGGAGCUGGGUGAUGCCAUCGAGGAACUCAACAAGGACUCUACUGUUGGGGCCAUCGUCAUCACAGGCAGCGAGAAGGCCUUUGCAGCUGGUGCAGACAUCAAGGAGAUGCAGCCGAUGAAGUUCGCCCAGUGCUUUACCGGCAACUUCCUCGGCGAUUGGGACAGAGUGUCACAGUCUACCAAGCCCACCAUCGCAGCUGUCAAUGGCUACGCGUUGGGCGGCGGCUGCGAGUUGGCCAUGAUGUGCGACAUAAUCUACGCCGGGGAGAAGGCCAAGUUUGGCCAGCCGGAGAUUGCCCUUGGCACGCUUCCAGGUGGUGGCGGCACUCAGCGUCUGACCAAGGCCAUUGGGAAGUCGAGGGCGAUGGAAAUGAUGCUGACCGGGAACCAAAUCACCGCUGCCGAAGCUGACAAAUACGGGCUCGUGAGCAAGGUGUUUCCGCCUGACCAACUGGUUGACGAAGCGGUCAAGCUUGGCGAGAAGAUUGCAAGCUUCUCACAGGUGUCUGUCGCACUGUGCAAGGAGAGCAUCAACCAUUCUUUUGAGACGACCCUUCAGGAAGGAGUCAGGGUGGAGAAGAGGCUGUUCCAUGCGUCGUUUGCACUGGAAGACAGAGAGGAGGGCAUGUCAGCCUUCGUGGAGAAGCGGCCACCCAAGUUCACCAACAACUAGUGUCACUAGGUGUCUAGGCUUUGAAAACUUGGAUGGACCAAUCGCAAGUUUGAUGUAAUGACUUCUAAAAACAUCAGUAAUAAACAUGGGCAUUUUCACUA